AGAUAGAUAGAUAGAUAGAUAGCCCCCUGAACCCAUCAGGUGAUGUCACAGCCUCGGUGCGCCUCCCCUGCAGUCUGCUGGAACUGAGGUAUUUGAAUAUUUCCCCCUCGCUCAAAACUUUUCUCCUCGGCACUGCCCUCAGUCGGAGCACCGGGGAGCGGUAGGUGUGAUGCCGGUGAACGAGUGGUUGUUGUGCCGCCGCCGGAGCGCUCUCUCUGCGGUUCCACAGCGAUAAAAAAAAAAAAACAUAAAAAAAAAAAAAUAAAAAAAACUAGCAGACAGGAGCAGGACAGGAGCUGUAUGUUAAAGGACUGCACCCUGGAGAAGAGUGGCUGGCCGGAGCCCGUCAGCAUGCGGGUCCUGUGGAGCGUCCUGUACCCCGUCCUUUCCCUCACCAUCUUCGGAUUAUAUCCCUCUAUGACUAUCGGGCCAAAGGAGGGAUGGCAGGUGUACAGCUCUGCCCAGGAUGCUGAUGGCCGCUGUAUCUGCACAGUGGUGGCACCAGAACAGAGCCUGUGCUCCAGAGAUGCCAAGAGCAGGCAACUCCGCCAGCUCCUAGAGAAGGUGCAGAACAUGUCUCAGUCCAUUGAGGUGCUGAACCUGAGAACUCAGAGGGAUUUCCAAUAUGUCAUGAAGAUGGAGAACCAGAUGAAGGGCCUGAGGACCAAAUUCAGACAGAUUGAGGAUGACAGGAAAUCCAUCAUGGCCAGGAACUUCCAGGAGCUUAAGGACAAGAUGGACGAGCUGAAGCCGCUGAUCCCCGUGCUGGAGCAGUACAAGAUGGAUGCUGCGCUCAUCUCCCAGUUCAAGGAGGAGAUCAGGAACCUGUCCACAGUGCUGACAGGCAUACAGGAGGAGCUUGGAGCCUAUGACUAUGAUGAGCUCUAUCAGCGAGUUCUGCGAUUGGACAGCAGGCUUCGCAGCUGCAUGGGCAAACUGACGUGUGGGAAAUUAAUGAAAAUCACUGGACCUGUUACAAUAAAGACAUCUGGAACCCGGUUUGGAGCAUGGAUGACUGAUCCUCUAGCAUCAACCAGAAACAACAGGGUUUGGUAUAUGGACAGUUACACCAACAGCAAGAUUGUACGUGAAUUCAAGACAAUGGAGGACUUUGUAGCAGGAGUGGUUUCUCGAACCUAUAGCCUCCCAUUUAAAUGGGAGGGAACCAAUCACAUCGUCUACAACGGAUCUCUUUACUACAACAAGUACCAGAGCAACAUUAUUGUCAAGUACAGCUUCGAGACGGGCAGCGUGCUGGCCCAGCGAGCUUUGGAGUUUGCUGGCUUCCACAACAUGUACCCGUACACGUGGGGAGGAUACUCUGACAUCGAUGUCAUGGCAGAUGAACUGGGAAUGUGGGUCGUGUACGCGACCAAUCAAAAUGCUGGGAAUGUUGUUAUCUCCCAGAUCGACCCUGACACCCUGCAGGUGCUGAAGACUUGGAACACCGAAUACUCCAAAAGGAACGCAGGCGAAUCGUUCAUGAUCUGUGGGACGCUGUACAUCACCAACUCUCACCUGUCAGGAGCAAAGGUUUACUACGCUUACUCCACCAAGACUUCAACCUACGAGUACAUAGACAUUCCUUUCCACAACCAGUACUUUCAUAUCUCCAUGCUCGACUACAACGCCAGAGAGAGAGCACUGUACGCCUGGAAUAAUGGACACCAGGUAAUAUUUAAUGUCACCCUCUUUCAUGUCAUAAAAACUGAUGAUGACUCUUAGACGUCAUGUUACCAACCACAACUAAAGCACCAUCAUUUGUGAUACAAGGACCUCCUGAUAAACCAUGUUUUCUUGUGUCAGAAUUGGACUGCGGUAUCUUUACUCGCCAUUACUUGAACUUUUCUAAUUUAUGGCUCUGGAUUCUUGGCUGAAUUGAGCAUGGACACUAAUGACUUGGUACCUUACUGGAAACAUGUUGUACAUUUUUUACACUUUUCCAUUGCUGCUGAUCAGACUGGUAUGCCUUAUUUGCUACAUGUUGGGUCUGCCAGACAAAGACUCUUGAUAGCUUUUGCAUGAAAUGUUCACAUUUUGUCUGCAGUGAUUUCCUAUAAUAUAUCUGUGUUUAUGUUGCAAAUCUGUUUUGCUUAUAGUGUUUGAAUUUUUGUCUAUUUAAAAGUCUAUUUAAAAGUAUUUAAACCUUAAAGGCAACCUCUCCUGCAUAUUUGCUACCAUGUAAAGCUAGCUGAUUAUAAAGUAUAGUAGCCAGUCUUUUAAAGAUGGGCCUGUAAAAUAUUGCUGUUAUGUAUGUCUCUGUGGAAGAAGAACAUUUGUAUUUUUUCUAAAAAACAAAACCAUAGAAUAUCUGUACAUUUUCAUUAAAUUAAAGUAUUAUACAUUUCAUUAAAAUGGUUUUGGCUGGUUAAAU